AUGUCCACCUCCGGGCUUGAUAUAUCCCAACUCUCCGACAGCGAGAGGUCCGCUCUCGAGACGUAUACUGCGGUCACCGGUCAGGAACAUUCGGAAGCCAUUCCUUUGUUGCGCCGCUCACAAUGGAACGUGCAGAUGCCUUGGGAACUAAGCAGUUGCUGCCUCCAGAUUGCCAUCUCCAAGUUCUUUGACGGCGAAGGGCCGGAUCCCGUCGAAGAAGCCCGUGCUGCUCUCAACUCCCCUCCUCCGCGACCCGCUCGACAGACCCAAAACCUCAUGAGUGAUGACAUUGCUGCGCAAUUUACUCCGACUCCCCGUGCUGCUGAGCCAGCUCCCCGGAUAAAUACACAGCCUGAAGACCAGUCGGUCUAUCGCCCGCCUUUCAUACUAGCUCUGCUGUUUACUCCGCUCAACCUUCUCUAUCGACUACUCUACAGCUCCUUCCGCCUAUUCGGUGCCUUGUUUCCCUUCCUUCCACGCUUCUUUAACACGACAGCGAAUCCCGCUCUUCAAGGCUCCCGGAGAAAUACUAACGGUCGCCGGCCCUUGGGUCCCAAAGACACGGCCGCCCGGUUCAUCCGGGAAUUCGAGGAGGAAUUUGGCACCAACUCGAUCAGUUUCCUCGAGAACGGAUAUAACAUGGCAUUGGAGAAAGCCCACCGGGACCUCAAAUUCCUCCUAGUUGUACUUCUUGCCCCUGAGCAUGAUGAUACGAAUGGCUGGGUCCGAGACACACUUCUGUCUCGCGAAGUGACCGACUUCGUGAAUGACCCACAAAACAACCUACUUGUCUGGGGAGGGAAUGUUCAAGACUCUGAGGCUUAUCAGGUUGCCAACUCCCUCCGCUGCACCAAGUUUCCCUUCGCAGCCGCUUUAGUCCAUACUCCGAACGUUUCCUCGAAUGCGAUGUCGGUUGUGUCGAGGAUAUCGGGAACAACGUCCCCUGCGGAGGUCGUGGAGAAACUCCGAUCGGCCAUGUCGCAGCACAAGGAGCCUCUCGAGCGCAUCCGGUCAACCCGGGCAGAACAGCAAGCUUCACGCAGCCUCCGUGAACAGCAGGACUCCGCCUACGAGCGUUCCCUGGCCAUCGACCGCGAGCGGGCGAGACAGAGGCGGGAAGCCGAGGCGGCCCGACAAAGGGAAGAACAAGAGGCGGCCGAACGUCAAGCGGCCGAGGAGAAGCGCAUACAGGAUCUUCAGCAAUGGAAGCAAUGGCGGGCACAAACCAUUCCAGAGGAGCCUGGGCCGGACGUCAAGGACGCUGUUCGCAUCAGUAUUCGACUGCCUUCUGGCGAGCGUGUCAUCCGCAAGUUUGCGCCUGACGCGUCGCUUGACGAGCUCUACGCGUUUGUUGAAUGUUACGAUAUCCUGAAAGAGCCAACAGAAAAGGCUGCAGAAGCAGUGAAGCCGGAGGGCUUCGAACACCAGUAUGGGUUCCGGCUGGUUUCACCCAUGCCGCGGGUGGUCUACGAAGUGGAAGCUGGGGGAUCAGUGCGGGACAAGAUCGGCCGAGGAGGGAACCUUCUAGUCGAACCGAUCGAUGACGGCAGCGACGAGGAGUCAGAAGAAGAGGCAUAA